GGAGAGCUCGGUGGGACGUGAUCGCCUCCCGGUUUGGCCUUUAUAAAGUGUCCCUCGGCUAACAGAGCGAUAUUUUCUGGCUCUUCUACAGAAAAGAUUUUACAGAAGCCGGUGCCAUGCUGCCUCUGGUUGUGUUGACGUUGAGCCUCAGCGCGGCCCUGUCGGCCCCCAGUCUGGACCCACAGCUGGACGAGCACUGGAACCUGUGGAAGAGCUGGCACAGUAAAAAAUACCAUGAGAGAGAGGAGGGCUGGAGGCGGAUGGUGUGGGAGAAAAACCUGAAGAAGAUCGAGAUGCACAACCUGGAGCACUCCAUGGGGAAACACUCCUACCUUCUGGGCAUGAACCACUUCGGAGACAUGACUCACGAGGAGUUCAGGCAGAUCAUGAACGGCUACAAACACAACGCGGACAGGAAGGUGAAGGGGUCGCUGUUCCUGGAGCCCAGCUUCAUGGUGGCGCCGCGCUCCCUGGACUGGAGGGAGAAGGGAUACGUCACCCCCAUAAAGGACCAGGGUCAGUGUGGCUCCUGCUGGGCCUUCAGCGCCACCGGCGCCCUGGAGGGCCAGGAGUUCAAGAAGACGGGUCAGCUGGUGUCGCUGAGCGAGCAGAACCUGGUGGACUGCUCCAAAGACGAGGGCAACGAAGGCUGCAACGGCGGCCUGAUGGACCAGGCCUUCCAGUACGUCAAGGACAACAAAGGCCUGGACUCGGAGGACUCGUACCCCUACGAGGGAACGGAUGGCCAGUGCCACUACGACCCCAAGUUCAACGCCGCCAACGACACCGGCUUCGUGGACGUCCCCAGCGGCGAUGAGCACGCUCUGAUGAAGGCCGUGGCCGCCGUCGGACCCAUCUCCGUGGCGAUAGACGCCGGUCACGAUUCCUUCCAGUUCUACAAGUCGGGGAUCUACUAUGAGAAGGAGUGCAGCAGCGAGGAGCUGGACCACGGCGUCCUGGUGGUGGGAUACGGUUUCCAGGGAGAAGACGUGGACGGCAAGAAGUACUGGAUCGUCAAGAACAGCUGGGGUGAAGGCUGGGGCGACAAGGGCUACGUCUACAUGGCCAAAGACAGGAAGAACCAGUGCGGCAUCGCCACGGCAGCCAGCUACCCGCUGGUGUGACGGCUGCACGCCGCCGCAGCAUCAUCAGGGUUUUAUUGAAACAGUUUGGCUGAAGACGAAGCUUCGGUCGGACAGAAGCAUCAGCAGGAGAUUCUGCUGCGUUUCAGGAGGAGGAAACUCGUAAUUUUAGGGAAAAGGAGCCGUUUUAUGGCCUGGUUCUACGCCACUUUAUUUUAAAGUUCUGUCUUAAAAAGUGUAGUUUUAUUCUCUGUAAAUAUGUCUACGCUACUCUGGAAGUGAUUUGUUAACACUUGCCUUGGUCAUCAUUGUAAACGGAUUUUCUUUUUUUUUGUGCUACUUUUAUCGUGAUCAAUUAAAGAUGUGAAACACUAAAA